AUGAGCAAGAAAUUCAAGUCACAGGCUUCAAGCGCCCGUGCUGCCUCUGCUGUCUUCGGGUCGUCCUCCUUCGGUUUCGGUGCGCCAACGAGCGGCGCCUUCAGGUCUGCUUCAUCCUCUCUGUCCUACAUCACCGAGCAGCCCGACCUCAGCAGCGUUUCAAAUCCUAAUGUUGUCGUUGCGCUGCGUAAUCUUGGAAAGAAGGACAGCACCACCAAGGCCAAAGCGUUGGAGGAACUGCAAGAACACAUUGGUACCUCCAAGUCCGCUGAUGGUGCCGAUCCUGGCCUGCUUGAAGCCUGGGUUAAUCUAUAUCCUCGAACCUCUAUUGACAACUCUCGACGGGUGCGGCAAUUGGCACAUACACUCCAGGGAUCUCUCACUGCAAUAUCGGGGAAGCGCAUUGCGCCACACCUGCCCAAGGUCAUCGGAGCCUGGUUAUCGGGUGUGUAUGACAGCGACAAGCUGGUAGCACGGGCGGCGCAGGAAUCAAUCACAGCAGCAUUCACAACCGAAGACAAGAGGAGGGCGUUGUGGAAAAUCUACAGAGACGCGCUCAUCGACUAUGCUGAGGACGCCAUAUUGGUGCAGACAACUAAUUCUUUAAGUGACGAACGCUCGACUAGCCCCGACGAUGCCGAAGCGAAGUUCAUUCGCGUGGUCGGAAAUGCCAUCUAUCUGCUCUGCCAAGUCCUCAGGACCAACUUCUCGGUGGCCACAGAUGGGGAUGCUGCUGGGGUUCCCGAAGGGCUGAAAAGAAUUUUGACGGACAAAAAACUCUGGGGGUACUCUUACUCCCAGGAUCCCAAUCUGCGCAGAGCCGUGUGCACCUUGGUGGUUGUCUGCACCGAAACAGUCAGCACACACCUCGACUGGUCUGCUAUAAGUGCCUGCUUCGUUGGCAAGGCCCUCGCCAGCAGCCAGAUUGGAUCGGCCCGGCAGCUAUCAGAGGCGCUUCUCGCCUUGACUUUGCACCGGCCUGAAAUUUGGACAUCAGAUUAUUCCUCAAAAUCUCCGGCAUCCAAGAAGUUGCACCAGUUUCUCAAGAAUGGCUCACAAAGAGGUCCGGCAGAUUUCUGGAACACUAUUGCGGCGCUUCUCAGACGGAUCCCUCUCGAAGUCUGGGCUCCAGACUACUCGGACGGCCAUAUCCAGCUGUCGUCUGCAACCUCCUUGGUCACAUCUCUGCGUGCGGGAGUUAUCAACAGUGACGAGCCGCGCCAAAACCUCCCAGCUGCGUGGUCCGCUUAUGUUGGCACAUCCUUCUGGAUUUUGAGCAUGCUUCCCGACGAAGAUUCAAAAUCAACCUUGGCCAACGAGGAGCUACUACCUCUGGUAUCUCACUACAUAACUCAGAGCACGCAGCAGGUUUCCUGGAAGCUCCCUGUCUCUUGCGACCAGCGUAUUUCUUCGGAAAUACUUGUUAAUGUCCUGCACCAGGGCCUGAACCGUGUCUUCGAAACCACCUGGUCAAGAUUGUGUCAGGAAUUAGCCGACAGUAUAAAGUUGUCCCUUCCAGAGAGUUCGAAGGAUUUUGCAAAGUCUCAAGAUGCUGUCAUUGCUCAAGCGCAACGUCUCUUCCAGCUCAGAACUUCUGUGUCGCGGUCUGAGGUCCUCAGCCAGGCCGAGAGAUCAUAUGCGGGACAGGUCUUCCAGCAGAGUGAUGAGGAGCUCGUCAAUGUUGCAACUGAACUUUUAGGUGCUCGCAAUGGCAAGCCGUAUUCAGCGGCUUUUGUGCUCGAGCGCAUCUCAACCCAACCUGAAUUGCCGCAGCCCAAGGGACUCCAUUCCUUCUUGCAAUCCGGUGUCUUACCGCUUCUCAACAGCCCUUCCGCCGAGUAUAUGAUUUCUAUCGUUCUCACAAAUGGUCAGAAUGUUCAAGAAACUAUCUCGACAUUGCUUCAUUCCGAUCCAAGUGACUACUGCACAGCUGCUCUUAGGAGACUUCUAGCUCAAAUCUCGGUGGAGGACCUCACCAAGAACUCGGAGCUUGAAUCCUUCAUUCUGCAUAAGGUUUCCACGGCCCUCCAGGAACAGCCUGUCCAGCAGAUGAUGCAGGCAGUCCUCAGAAAUCCGAAUCUGCGCUCAUCAAUACUGCAAAACAAGUGCAUCCAAAGUGUGAUUGAACACUUGUCAACCGACACCGAUGCAGCUCUCCAACGAAGUGCCCUGAAUCUUCUUCUUUCUCUUCUCACAGAAGCGAAUACCGCUAAUUUACUGUUUGCCGAUCGGGGGAGUGAUUUCCUGUCCCGGCUUCUCUUACUUUCGGAUUCCCAGGAUGCUGAGGUUGCGGAGCUGGCAAACCUGUUGAUAGCUAAAAUCAGAACGCUAUCUCCGGGCGAAACCUCAGCAGCUACUUCAUCCACCAAGGUUGUGCAGGAUCAGCUAUCCGGCACUGGGUUUCCACUGUCUAUCUUUACAUUGAUCAACCUGGCCAAAGAUACCUUGAAAAGCGCACCGCGCGAUCAAAGUGGGACGAUAGGGAUGCUCUUCCCCUCCGCACAACAGUGGGCAGACGCUCUCAGAAGUCAUCUUGCUGGUAGACGGCCACGAUCCCUGGUUGUCACCAAUGCUCUACACGGAAUCAUAUUCAUGAUUGAGCAGGGUGCACCUCAACCGACUCCACAUCUUCGAGAUGCAGAUGAAUUUUCUCUUCUUUUCCGACUCGUCUUCUACGUCACCCGAAUGGCGUCUGACACGGAUAUACUCACUUUGCUGUCCUCGGCUCAACUUGAAGCCCUUUAUUCACAUUACCCUCUGGCUCUGCAGCUUGUAAAUGAAAAACUGACAGUGGAGUCGGCAAACGACAUUUGGCAGAACACGACCAAUGAAGUGGUAGAAGAAGCUGCGGACAUAUUAUCUCAGGGAAGUUCCGUGCUUCAAAGCUGGCUCCAGGACGAAAGUCUGAUCAACACUUGGAUCGACAUAAUUCGCUCAACAUCUGACAUGACACCUCAAUCAUUUCUGAAAGGUUUAGCGUUCACGGACAUCGCGUCUCGCUAUGCGGACGAGUUUGGAUCAGGCCGUCUUCUGUCGUCCUUUGACACCGAGAUAAAUGAGAUGCACAAGGCCCCAGAGGUCAUUCGCUCAGCAAGCCUGUUAUCUGCUUGUCGCGACAAGAUUUCUAGCACGCAGCAGGGCCGCAAACUCGUCAACGAGCUGAUUGCUACUGGUACGGGUCUACGAUCCCCCGAGUCCAGCACAGGCUUGCGUUCUCUAGUCCUCCUCGACUUACUGCUUGAUGGCAGUUCAGAUGCGUUGAGUGAAGUUCCCAGCCAGCGUCUUGUCUUCUUUGUCCAAACUCUAUCCCACCUGAUCACCGAAACAUCGGACGAACUAGGGUAUCAAACGCAGGCAAUGAGAUUACUUGACCCGAUGCUGUCGGCUGCCCGUGACAUUUACGGAGCCCAUUGGGAGCGCAUCAUUCAGUGCAUUGCUGCAAUGUGGCAUGAUGGAAACGACUUGACCGACAACGUCCCUCUCCUACAUGCAUCUCUCCGACUUUACAGCCGUCUGCGAUCACUGGUAGCGUCUGAUGAUUGCAAUGAUGACUUGAGCGAUGCGUGGAAAGCCGCGGAGGCGUCUCUUGAGGAUGGCCUUGUACACUGCCUUGAUUUAUUCAAGGAGGAAAAAGAGGAGACCAACCAACCGUUACGGAUUACUGCCGAACUGCUACGGAGACAGCUUUCACAUAUUUCUCCUCGACACCACGCGGAUCUAUAUCCCUUCCUGUCGUUCACAGAGCCUGCAAUCCGAGGCGCCGCUUACGACCUCUUGCAUCGAUCAAUCCCAGCAGAACAAGAGCAACGUUCUUUAGACCUGACUCUGGAACAGAAAGCCAGCCAUAUCUCGAACAACUUGCUUUCCUUACUCUCGAAUGCUCCGGGGCAAUUGGAGAUCGGGCCUGGCCCACUGCGACAUACCUAUCUGCUUUGCUGGCACUUAGUCUUUGAUCAUUUCACAAAAGCAUCCUACAAGCUCCGGGAGGUGUACACUUCAGACAUUCAAGAGGCGCAUGUGCUUCCCCAGCUCCUAGAAGUUGUGUGCGAAAUGUGUCGCAUCACAGGUCGACCCUUGGACGGAUCCAAGGUCGACUUUGAAACCUUUGAGCUUGGUACCGAUGACAUGGGGGAGAAAGAGGAGCAAAGACUGGUCAUGCACCUGUACUACUGUUGCUUACUCUACCUUCCCAGUCUCACCAGAGGUUGGUUUCUGGAGCAGAAAAACAGAGUGAAACUACCUCUCGAAAGCUGGACCCAAAAGUACUUUUCGCCGUCUUUGAUCGCGGCUGCAAUUCGCACGGUCACGGAAUGGGUGGCCAAUCAACCACAAGAGGACAACGAUGCUUCGAUAAGUGUCAAAGCAUCCUUGGGAGGCUCGGAAAUUGUGGCCUCCAUCGCAAUCGACCCCGAAUCUCCGCCUAUUUCUUUGGCGGUUUCUCUACCAGCCACAUAUCCUCUUGACUCGCCUACAGUAUCCUCACGUACCCGAGUUGGAGUGUCGGAAAAGAACUGGCAAUCGUGGCUGAGGACAUUUCAAAUCAUCAUCUUCAGCACGGGAAGCAUUAUCGAAGGCCUUGUGGCAUUCCGACGCAACGUGCAGGGCGCUCUCAAAGGACAGAGUGAACAUGCAAACGCCGAACAAGAGGUGUGGGACGUGCCGCAACACUUUCCAUGGGACAUGCCUUUUCAGAUGGUUCAAAAGCUCCAACAGUUCGAGCUGCCCACUUUGCCGCAACAAUUUCAAUUACGCUUAAAGGAUUUGAAGACUGGGUUUACUGGAUUUGGCGAUGCUGUUGUCAUGACUGGUGCUAUGUGGCAACGCUGCAAGGUUUCUUAG